AUGGCUGCAGAGGAGAGGCAGAAAGGUUGGGCUUCAAAGCAGCAUGAGAAGGCUGAGCAGGCAGGGGAGAAGGAACCAUGUGUGUUUCUGGGCCGGCAGCUGGGAGAACCAGGAAGAUUUGCAUAUGCAGCACUUUGUGGGAUAUCCCUGGCCUGGCUGUUCCCUGAAGAUGAGCAAAGCUCCUUCAGGACCAUGUUCAUCGAGGGCUUUGUGAAAUGGUUGGACCUGCCUGAUGCUGUCCUCCCUGCCAUGACAGCCUUUGCUGGGGGCUUAGGAGGUGAAGGCACAGAAACCUUCACUGAGAUUCUGCUGAAGGAUCCUAUCUUGAAAGAACAGCCAGUUGUCAUUACCCAGGACCUCCUAUCCUUUUCUCUCAAAGAUGGGUACUAUGAUGCUCGAGCCAGAGUGCUCCUCUGCCGUGUGUGUUGGCUGCUGAGGAUCCCCCUGGAGGAGCUGGAGGUCAUGGAGGAAUCUCUGCUUGUGAGCCUGAAUGAACAAAAAGUGGAAGAGUCAGAAACUGCAGAAAACUCGAGAAGAAAGAAAGAGAGAAGGAAGAAGCUGAAGAGAUACAUGUUGAUCGGGCUGGCAACUCUUGGGGGUGGAACAGUGAUUGGUUUGACAGGAGGCCUGGCUGCCCCUCUGGUUGCUGCAGGAGCUGCCACAAUCAUUGGAAGUGCUGGAGCAGCUGCUCUGGGAUCAGCUGCUGGGAUUGCUGUCAUGGCAUCCCUGUUUGGAGCAGCAGGAGCUGGUCUUACUGGAUACAAGAUGAAGAAACGUGUGGGAGCCAUAGAAGAGUUUGAAUUCCUCCCACUUACUGAAGGGAAGCAGCUUCACAUCACCAUAGCAAUCACUGGAUGGCUGUGCACUGGCAAAUAUGGGAGCUUCACAGCACCUUGGAGAACCAUGUUGCAAUCAAAAGAGCAGUACUGUCUGGCCUGGGAGUCUAAGUACCUGAUGGAGCUUGGCAAUGCCUUGGAUUCCCUGCUGAAUGGUUUUGUGAACAUGAUGGCUCAGGAAGCCCUAAAAUUCACUGUCUUGUCAGGGAUUGUGACAGCCUUGACUUGGCCAGCUUCACUCCUGACUGCUUCCAGUGUCAUUGACAACCCCUGGGGAGUGUGUCUGCAUCGAUCUGCUGAAGUAGGCAAACACCUUGCACACAUCCUGCUCAGCAGACAACAGGGCAAGAGACCUGUCACACUGAUUGGUUUCAGUCUGGGUGCAAGAGUCAUUUACUUCUGCCUGCAGGAAAUGGCUCAAGAAAAAGACUCCCAAGGGAUCAUUGAAGACGUUGUCUUACUGGGAGCUCCAGUGGAAGGAGAAGCCAAGUACUGGAAAGCUCUCACCAAAGUGGUGUCAGGCAGGAUCAUAAAUGGUUAUUGCAGGGGAGAUUGGCUGCUGAGCUUUGUGUACAGAACCUCCUCUGUCCAGCUCAACGUCGCAGGCCUCCAGCCAGUCGACCUGGAUGACAGGAGGAUGGUAAACAUGGACCUUUCCUCUGUAGUAAAUGGCCACCUGGACUACAUGAAGCAAAUGGACACGAUCCUGAAAGCUGUGGGCAUCAAAACCAAGGAAUGCCAGUGGGAAGUUAAGGACAGAAGCAGAACUUGCUCCCUUCUAACCAGGAAUUCCCAGCAGGCAGCAGGCACAGAGGCUCUGGGAGAGGAGAACACGGCACGAGGGGAGGAUGAGGCAGAGGGUGAGGUUCUCCCAACUGGCUGUGCUCACCAACAGGAUUCCUCCCUGCCCUGCAUGGACUGCCCACACAGCAAAGACCAGGACAGCAAGGACCAGGCAGCAGGUGGAGUAAAUUAG